AUGAACGCCACGGUCAGUGUUAGCGGCGGUGCCGUCUUUGGCCGGAGGAGCCGCCGCACUGUGAAGGCGGCGGCGGCUGCGAGCGCUGGCGUCCGCCGCCCGGCGGGCAGGACCACGGACUACUACAAGGUGCUGUCGCUGGAGCACUCGGCGGGCGUGGGCGAGGAGGAGGUCAAGCGCGCGUACCGGCGGCUGGCGCUGCAGUACCACCCCGACGUGUGCCCGCCGUCGCGCAGGGCCGAGUCCACGGAGCUCUUUGUCGAGCUCCGCCGCGCCUACGAGACGCUGUCCGACCCGGCCACGAGGGUGCGGUACGACGCCGAGCUGAGGACGGGCCGGGCUGAGGCGAGGCCGCCGGCGGAUGGGUUCGCGAGGGACGUGUGGGAGGCGCAGCUGUGCGUGCUGCGGGCGCGGUCCGAGCGUCGGCAGAAGGCGAGCGGGUACAGCGGCCGCCGGUUCUAG